CGGCCUGCUGGGAGCUGCAGUCCGUCUGCCGGCGGGAGGGUCAAGAUGGCGGCCACUGCCCUUCCAGAGCCGUUGCAGCAGCAGAGGGGAGAGGAGAAUGGCUGCGGAAACAGUCCCAGUCCUGGGGACUCUGGUGAGGAAAAGGCUGACACGCCAUACCUGCAUGCCCGCCGGAAGCUGGAGAACCUCCUCAACAAGAGCAUGCGCAUCCGAAUGACGGACGGGCGGACCCUGGUGGGCUGCUUCCUGUGCACUGACCGAGACUGCAACGUGAUCCUUGGCUCCGCCCAGGAGUACCUCAAGCCCACAGACUCCUUCUCCGCCGGAGAGCCCAGGGUCUUGGGUCUGGCCAUGGUUCCAGGACAUCACAUUGUCUCCAUCGAGGUGGAGCUGGAGAGCCUGGCCUCCUUGCAGUACCUCUGAUGCACCGCCAGAGGGCAGCAGGCCUCCAACGUUUGACUGGACUCUGGACU